CAUGCCCAACACCAGUCGGGCGGGGAGCCUGAAGGACCCUGAUGUUGCUGAGCUCUUCUUCAAGGAGGACCCUGAGAAACUGUUUUCAGACCUGCGAGAGAUCGGACAUGGCAGCUUCGGUGCCGUCUAUUUUGUGAGUACUUGGACCCGCCACUCUGUGCUCAGUAACAGAGCUGGACUUCCAUUCAGAAUUGUUUAAGAUAUAGGGCAGGGUGUUGACUUUGUAUUUUUCUUCAGGCACGAGAUGUGCGGACCACUGAGGUGGUGGCCAUCAAGAAGAUGUCUUACAGUGGAAAACAAUCCAACGAGGUAAGAGACAGAUUGUGCAUCAAAUGCCAUUGAUGUUACACCAAUCAGUUAAAAGACAAUAGAUUCAGCCCAAAAUGUCACACCUGUUACCAGGGUCAGGUUACGUUGUUAUGGAUACAAUCCAGCACCUUUCAUCAUUCUAGUUUUGUUAGUAAGCAUCUCUCACUCAUUUGCAAAUAUAAUACUUUUUUCAGAAAAGUACACAGCUCAAAAAUAUGAAAUCAGAUAAUUGUGUGACAAUGUCUGCACGGAGGACAAACAAUAUGAUCUAUUAAUCCCAUGAUAAUUUAUUUAAUCAGUGGUGUGAUGACACAUCAUGUGUUCUCCAGGAAACAAUUGCUUCAUGUUAUAAAGGUUACCCAACUUCAAUGAGUUGACACAGAAGAGGGCUGUUGCUGAAGUUUUGUUUGCUGCCUCAAUAUUGAUUUACAGUGAAAAGGCUCAUUAGCAUGUAAUCUAACAAGGCCUAUUCCUUCAAGAUCCUGUCCUCAGUGAGUUUGGAGCAUUAGGCCUACAGUUUCUGAAAGGUUUGGUCUCCGAAAGGAUUUGUUGUGUUUCUCAUCAGUUUUGAAUUAAAACAUCUAGCUGGAGAUAAGCUUAUUUGCUUAAAGUAGUGGAACUGCAAUUCAGUGGCCUAUUCCCUAGGAUUCAGUCUAAAAACAGUUGAUAAUUAGAUUUGAAUCUGGCAAAAUGACUGGAUUGGGUAAUUAAUUAACCCAAAGAAGUAGAGUGGAAAUCAAAGGGAAGUAACUAAAGUUCCAUGUAGAACACACAAUAGUUUCAGCCUGCAUCUAUAUCCUUAUUGUUUAAAGGGGCAAUCUGCAGUUGCUACAUCCAUUUAUGGACUUAUACAUGAAUUAUAUACCUAUUGAUUCUUGAAGAAUAUAACUUAUGAGCUUAGUUCAACAGUAUUACCCCAUCGGAACCCAAAAUAUAUACGCUUGUUUUACUCCAGUAUUUGUAAACAUUGUAAAUGUAAGCAAACACUGUAUAGCCUCAAAACAUGCUUAAAACUAUAAUUGUGAUAUCGUGGAUGGUCAGUGUAUGAAUUUGAGUGGUUACAUUUCUCCAUGCGCAUCCCUCAGCUUUCUACCAAAACAAGAGGCCGCUUUAUUGUUUCAACUGCAGAUUGGUCCUUUUAAAGCUUGUUAUGCAAACACGAUGUAAUCGUUCCACUGUUUUACCUUACAGAAAUGGCAAGACAUAAUCAAGGAGGUGAAGUUUCUGCAGAGAAUACAGCACCCAAACAGCAUAGAGUAUAAAGGAUGCUAUCUGCGAGAGCACACUGCCUGGGUAAGGGUGUUAUCUGAAUGGAAAAUAUAAACCAUAGGUCAUAAUGCUAUGAUAACGUGGUGAAUACUCUGAAACUGUACAUUAUUUUAACCCAGUAGAACACACUCUCUUUCUGUCUCUGUAGCUGGUGAUGGAGUACUGUCUAGGCUCUGCCUCCGAUGUCCUGGAAGGUAAGAUGGCAGUUUUUAUGACACAAUGAUGAUUAUAAGACUAGUUCUUCUUUGUGGUUUUCCCCAUUAUUUGCAGCACUCUCAUCCUCUCUCUCUACAUCCUCUGUAGUUCACAAGAAACCUCUACAAGAAAUGGAAAUAGCAGCGAUUACCCACGGUGCUCUACAAGGGCUAGCUUACCUUCAUUCCCACAACAUGAUUCACCGGUGAGUCCUCCUAGGACCUGUAUGUGUGGACGUGUUAGACUGACUACUUUGUGCCCUCAGGGAGGGAGUGUGCCUGUGCCAGUGGAACAAAGCUGUAAUGACACAAUCUCUCUCCCCUGUCUGUCUGACAGAGAUAUCAAGGCAGGGAACGUCUUGCUGACCGAACCUGGCCAGGUGAAACUUGCAGAUUUUGGUUCUGCCUCCAUUGUCUCUCCAGCCAACUCUUUUGUGGGGACGCCAUAUUGGUGAGUGGCAAAAAUUCCAAUGUACGAGACAAAAUAGAUGGUGUUUGAAAUAUGGGGAAGAAUUUAGAAAUGGGGCACCCUCUACAGUCUCAUUCAAUAUUUUCCAUCAAAUCGAAAGUGGUGUACCGGUCAUUAAAAUGGGGAUGUUUCCUCAGGAUGGCCCCAGAGGUAAUCCUGGCUAUGGACGAAGGUCAGUACGAUGGGAAGAUCGACAUCUGGUCUCUGGGAAUAACCUGCAUUGAAUUAGGUAAGCUCACUAGUCCAUGUACUCUGCUCUGGUUCAACUCUAGACUAGCUCUCCUGUUGUUUUAAUGCUCUCCUUUAUUCAUUCCAUAUCUUAAACCAAUAUCUGGCCAGAGAAGAAAGUAGACCAUUUUUUCUUCUUCUUCAUACUGGUUUGAAUAAUACAGUGCCUUCAGGAAGUAUUCAGACACCUUGACUUAUUCCACAUUUUGUUACGUUACAGCCUUAUUCUAAAAUGGAUAAAAAAUAAAAUAAUCCUCAGCAAUCUACACACAAUACCCCAUAAUGACAAAGUGAAAACAGGUUUUUAGACAGAAAUACCUUAUUUGCAUAAGUAUUCAGACCCUUUGCUAUGAGACUCGAAAUUGAGUUCAGGUGCAUCCUGUUUCCAUUGAUCAUCCUUGAGAUGUUUCUACAACUUGAUUGGAGUCCACCUGUGGUAAAUUCAAUUGAUUGGACAUGAUUUGGAAUGGCACACACCUGUCUAUAUAAGGUCCAACAGUUGACAGUGCAUGUCAGAGCAAAAACCAAGCCUUGAAGUCGAAGGAAUUGUCCGUAGAUCUCCGAGACAGGAUUGUGUCGAGGCACAGAUCUGGGGAAGGGUACCAAAACAUUUCUGCAUCAUUGAAAGUCCCCAAGAACACAGUGGCCUCCAUCAUUCUUAAAUGGAAGAAGUUUGGAACCACCAAGACUCUAACUAGAGCUGGCCGCCCAGCCAAACUGAGCAAUCGGGGGAGAAGGGCCUUGGUCAGGGAGGUGACCAAGAACCCGAUGGUCACUCUGACAGAGCUCCAGAGUUCCUCUAUGGAGAUGGGAGAACCUUCCAGAAGGACAACCAUCUCUGCAGUACUCCACCAAUCAGGCCUUUAUGGUAGAGUGGCCAGACGGAAGCCACUCCUCAGUAAAAGGCACAUGACAGCCUGCUUGGAGUUUGCCAAAAGGCACCUAAAGACUCCCAGACCAUGAGAAACAAGAUUCUCUGGUCUGAUGAAACCAAGAUUGAACUCUUUGGCCUGAAUGCCAAGCGUCACGUCUGGAGGAAACUUGGCAGUAUCAUGCUGUGGGGAUAUUUUUCAGGGGCAGGGACUGGGAGACUAGUCAGGGUCGAGGGAAAGAUGAACGGAGCAAAGAACAGAGAGAUCCUUGAUGAAAAUCUGCUGCAGAGCGCUCAGGACCUCAGACUGGGGCAAAAGUUCACCUUCCAACAGGACAACGACCCUAAGCACACAGCCAAGACAACAGAGGAGUGGCUUCUGAAUGUCCUUGAGUGGCCCAGCCAGAGCCCCGACUUGAACCCGAUCAAACAUCUCCGGAGAGACCUGAAAAUAGCUGUGCAGCGAAGCUCCCUAUCCAACCUGACAGAUCUUGAGAGGAUCUGCAGAGAAGAAUGGGAGAAACUCCCCAAAUACAGGUGUGCCAAGCUUGUAGCGUCAUACCCAAGAAGACUUGAUGCUGUAAUCGCUGCCAAAGGUGCUUCAACAAAGUACUGAGUAAAGGGUCUGAAUAAGUGUAUUUUUAUUUUGAUAAAUUAGCAAAAAACUUUUAAAAAACUGUUUUUGCUUUGUCAUUAUGGGGUAUUGUGUGUCUAUUUAUUUUAAUUUUACCUUUAUUUAACUAGGCAUGUCAGUUAAGAACAAAUUCUUAUUUACAAUGACGGCCUACAUUGGCCAAACCCGGACGACGCUGGGCCAAUUGUGCGCCGCCCUAUGGGACUCCCAAUCACGGCCGGUUGUGAUACAGCCUGGAAUCGAACCAGCGGGUCUGUAGUGACGCCUCAAGCACUGAGAUGCAGUGCCUUAGGCCGCUGCGCCACUCGGGAGUCCAGGGGAAUUUUUUUAGAAAUCAAUUUUAGAGUAAGGCUGUAACGUAACAAAAUAUGGAAAAAGUCAAGGGGUCUGAAUACUUUCCGAAGGCACUGUACAUCUGAUAGCUUUUGUCUGUCUUCCUAGUACUUUAAUAUGACAUGUCUAUCUGUAUUCUUCCUUGUUAUGGUUUACUGUUAGUGGAUCUUGGUAAGCUAUUGUUUUCUCUAAUCUCUUUGUUUCUAGCGGAGAGAAAACCUCCACUGUUCAAUAUGAAUGCGAUGAGUGCCUUAUAUCACAUAGCGCAGAAUGAAAGCCCCACACUGCAGUCAAGUGAAUGGUAUGUCAUGUAGCUUCAUCAGAGUUGACUUAUUCUUUAGGAGAAGGCAUUUGUCCACUUUUAAAGUGUGUCAUGGUGAGAAUGAAACUAACUCUUCCCUCUUGUAACCAUCUCUCACUUCAGGACGGAUUACUUCCCAAACUUUGUGGAUUCUUGCCUUCAGAAAUUCCCCCAAGACAGGCCCAACUCUGAGGAACUGUUAAAGGUAUCUUAUUUAUGAUUAUCAUGAUCUACCAAUGCCAAAACAGAUAGAUAUAUAUCUAGCUAGCUCUGUUGACUUGAUUUUGAGUGUACGUUAAAUAAAUAAAUAAACGUGAAUCAUACCCACCCUCAACUCAAAAUAAAUUGAUUGACCCCUCUGCCUCCCUCUCUUUCUCAGCAUGCGUUUGUGCAGCGGGAGCGGCCCGACUCUGUCCUGAUGGACCUGAUCGUGAGGACCAAGGUUGCGGUGCGGGAGCUGGACAACCUGCAGUACCGCAAGAUGAAGAAAAUCCUCUUCCAGGAGGCUCACAACGGCCCUACGGCCGAGGCACAGGACGGAGACGAGGAGGUCAGUCACCCAAUCUGUCUCUGCUCUCCUGUGGAUCUUAGUUUGAGAUUAGCAUUGUUUAUACCAGAACCAUUGUAGUCUUUGAAAACAGCCUAGGUAGGCUAGAAAUAAUAAUAAUAAUAAUAUUUAAUUUGUAAAUGCGCAUAAAGUAGAAAACAACACACAAACAAAAUUCAGCAACAUUACAUCAAAAAAAAAAAAAAAAAUCACAAUACAUCAAAUCAUUACCUACUAAUACAACAUAUAGACUUUAAGUAGAUUUAGUUGUGUUUUAAACAAGGAAAUUGUUUAAUAGUAGUUUCUCUAAAUGCACUCAUAUAUUAAGGUUAAGGUAGGCCAUUAUUCCCACGGGGGGCCAUUAUGAAAUGCACUCACUAACUGUAAGUCGCUCUGGAUAAGAGCGUCUGCUAAAUGACUAAAAUGUAAAUGUAGGCCUGGUGGGGCUGAAAGAUUCUCUCAACAUUCAGUUGUUCCUGUUUAUCCUCUGCUCAUAACCUGCUAUAGUUGACACACUGUCAUUCAGAAAGCAUUUCACCUACCUGUGUCUUGCUGUUGUUAUGGCGUUGUCCCCAGGAACCGGAGCACAGUGGCAGGACAGGCACAGUGAGCAGCGUUGGCAGUAACCAGUCUAUCCCCAGUAUGUCGAUCAGCGCCAGCUCCCAGAGCAGCUCUGUCAACAGCCUGACCGACGCCGGAGAUGACAAGAGUGAACUGGACAUGAUGGAGGGAGACCACACGGUCAUGUCCAACAGCUCCGUCAUUCACCUCAAACCGGUGGGUAGAGAUGAUCUUAGAGCUGGACUCGCAGGAUAACUGGACACUGCGUUAAUUAUAGUGAGAUGAUUCGGUGAAAUGCAAGACAUAGUGAUGAUAGUGUUUCCUGGUGCCUUUCACAGAUUAUUUGUAAGCAGUAUUUUUCUGCUGUUGAUGUGCUGCGUUGUAUUUGUUUCCUCAGGAGGAGGCGACGACUUAUCGCGAAGAGUCUGAACCUAACAGCCGGCCACCCACUGAGCCCCAGUCUCCCCCUGCACACACUCCACGGCCAAAACACCACCGCAACCGCGAGCACUUUGCCACAAUACGCACAGCCUCCCUGGUAAGAGCACAUCGAGCCCUAGAAAUACAAUGAUACUGUAGUUAACAUGAUUUAAAAAUGGACCCUUAAAGGCCCAGUGCAGUCAAAAAUGUUAUUUUCCUGUAUUUUACAUUUCCACACUGAGGUUGGAAUAAUACUGUGAAAAUGAUUAUAAUGCCAUUUUAGUGUAAAAGCUGUUUGAAAAGACUGCCUGAAAUGUCAGCCUGUUUUGGUGGUGUUUUGGCCUGCCUGGUGACAUCAAAUUAGUUAAUAGACCAAUAAGAAAGAGUUCCAACCUCUCUGCCAAUAACAGCUAGUUUUCAGUGUUCCCCUCCCCACUCAGACCACUCCCAGACAGUCCUACCAAAAAAUUCUAGCUUGAGAAAUUGCUCUUUGCUAAGUAGCUAUUUGUUUCAUUUUGAGCAUUUUGAUUUAAAACAAUCACAGUAAGGUACUUAAUUGUUACCCAGAAAUGAUUUGAUAUUGAGAUAAAAACGGCUGCAUUGGGCUUUUAAGUGUCUGCUCCGGUAGGAGAGUAUAAUCGGAGUCCAGAGUUCUAUGAUAAGCCCUAUGUUCCCCCCCAGGUGACCCGUCAGAUGAAGGAGCACGAGCAGGACAGUGAGCUGAGAGAGCAGAUGUCAGGCUAUAAGAGGAUGAGGAGGCAGCACCAGAAGCACCUGAUGGCCCUGGAGAACAAGGUGAAGGCUGAGAUGGACGAACACCGGCUCCGUCUGGACAAAGAGCUGGAGAACCAGAGGAACAGCUUCGCCCAGGAGAUGGAGAAACUCAUUAAGAAGCACCAGGCCGCCAUGGAGAAAGAUGUACGUCGUUUGCACACUUACUCCAUCAUUCAUACUUUGUCUAGAUUCUACUACUGUUCCCUAGGUCGCUGUUAAAAGGUCUUGUUUGAAAUUAAGUUUUGGGGGCGUUUUCAAGUGUUUAUUUUGUGUGUGUCUGCAGGCAAAGACCUUUACCAAUGAUGAGAAGAAGUUCCAGCAGCACAUCCAGAGCCAGCAGAAGAAAGAGCUCAACAGCUUCCUAGAGUCCCAGAAACGAGAGUACAAACUCCGCAAGGAGCAGCUGAAAGAGGUAGAGAAUCACAUGCGGUCAUACAGAUGAACAUAGUCACAUUUACGGCUAUACACACAGUAUACAAAGGCUUCAAUCAUUGCUGUAUCAUUUGAAGAAUAAACACAUGACAUGCACCAUUGUUGGCCUACAUAGUCCUCUCAGCAUGUCAGACUCAAUGAAAGACAAAUCAAAUGUUAUUUGUCACAUGCGCCGAAUACAACAGGUGUAGUAGACCUUACAGUGAAAUGCUUACUUACAAGCCCUUAACCAACAAUGGCCGUUUUAAGAAAAAUAAGUGUUAAGGAAGUAUUUACUUUAAUAAACUGAAGGUAAAAAAAAAAAAGUUGGAAAAAUAACGAAUAAUUAAAGAGCAACAAUAAAAUAACACUAGUGAGGCUAUAUACAGGGGGUACUGGUACCGAGUCAAUGUGCGGGGGCACAGGUUAGUCGAGGUAAAUUAGGUAAUAUGUAGGUAGAGGUAAAGUGAUUAUGCAUAGAUAAUAAACAGAGUAGCGGCAGCGUAAACAAAGGGGGGGGGGGGGGGGGGCAAUGCAAAUAGUCUGGGUAGCCAUUUGAUUAGCUAUUCAGGAUUCUUAUGGCUUGGGGGUAGAAGCUGUUAAGAAGCCUCUUGGACCUAGACUUGGCGCUCCGUACCGCUUGCCGUGCGGUAGCAGAGAGAACAGUCUAUGACUUGUGGUCCUCUGUAGCUCAGCUGGUAGAGCACGGCGCUUGUAACGCCAAGGUAGUGGGUUCAAUCCCCGGGACCACCCAUACACAAAAAUGUAUGCACGCAUGACUGUAAGUCGCUUUGGAUAAAAGCGUCUGCUAAAUGGCUUAUUAUUAUUAUUAUUAUUAUUAUAAUUAUUAUUAUUAUUACUAGGGUGGCUGGAGUCUGCCAAUUUUUAGGGCCUUCCUCUGACACCGCCUGGUAUAGAGGUCCUGGAUGGCAGGAAGCUUGGCCCCAGUGAUGUACUGGGCCGUACGCACUACCCUCUGUAGUGCCUUGUAGUCGGAGGCUGAGCAGUUUAAGCAGAACUUGAAGCGCUCAACUGUAUGAGCUCUCAAACCUUUACAGAAAAUGUGCAAAUAUGGACAUCAAUCUCCCAUUUAGAAUUUCUUAAAGCGGCAAUCUGCAGUUGAAACGAUAACAAAGCAAAUCCUUGCCACUGAUCCGGUAAAAGGUUGAGGGAUGGGGCUGAAGAAAAUGUAACCACACUCAAAUUCAUAGAUAGAGCUAUGGAUGCAAGGACUGACCAUCCAUGAUAUAAAAAUUAUAGUUUUAACCAUGUUUUGAGGUUAUACAGUGUUUUGUUUACAUUUACUUUGUUUACAAACAUUGGGAAAACAAGCUUAUAUUUUGGGUUCUGAUGGGGUACGACAGUUGAACUAAGCUCAUGAGGCAUUUAUAAGUUAUACUCUUCAAGAAUCAAUGGGUUUAUAUCAAAAAAUGGAUGUAGUAACUGCAGAUUUCCCCUUUAAUCUCUGUCCUUGUUCUUCACCCAGGAGUUGAAUGAGAACCAGUCAACCCCUAAGAAGGAGAAGCAAGAGUGGCUGUCCAAGCAGAAGGAGAACUUCCAGCACUUCCAGGCUGAGGAGGAGGCCAACCUGCUGAGGAGACAGAGACAGUACCUGGAGCUGGAGUGUCGACGCUUCAAGAGGAGGAUCCUCAUCGCUCGCCACAACGUGGAGCAGGACCUAGUGAGAGAGGUCAGCAGUGAUCACUCAGCUCUCCUCAUUCAUACAGUCCCUUGUUCCUCUCACUCUCCUCAAAACAGGGCCCCCUUGCCUGCUCUGUCUUCGUUUUGUAACCAUGGCUCAGCUGUGGGUUCUGCAAAUUUUCCCACUUCCAUACGUUUUGUAACCAUACCUUUCCCCUGUGUGAUCUCAUUCUCUGGUCGUCAUGCUGCCCUUUCUCUUAUAGAAUGCACUUUUAUCCUAACCUGUAUGGUUUUUCCUCCCUGCCUGUCCGUCUGUGUGUAGGAGCUGAAUAAGCGUCAGACGCAGAAGGACCUGGAGCAUGCCAUGCUGCUGCGGCACCAUGAGUCCAUGCAGGAGCUGGAGUUCCGCCAGGUCAACACCAUCCAGAAGAUGAGGGCUGAGCUGAUCCGCCUGCAGCACCAGACAGAACUCACCAACCAGCAGGAGUACAACAAGAGGAGGGAGAGAGAGCUCCGACGCAAACACGUCAUGGAGGUCCGACAGCAGCCUAAGAGCCUCAAGGUGAGCACACAUUGUAUACUAACACACACGCGAUUCCCAUAAACUGUUGUUUUGUGUUACCGUUAAUGGCCGUUAUGUAGGGACCUGACCCCUCACUGUUCUGUUUGUCCUCCCUCUGUCCCAGUCCAAAGAGCUCCAGACCUGACCCCUCACUGUUCUGUUUGUCCUCUCUUCCUCCCUCCUCUGUCACAGUCCAAAGAGCUCCAGACCUGACCCCUCACUGUUCUGUUUGUCCUCUCUCCUCCCUCCUCUGUCCCAGUCCAAAGAGCUCCAGAUUAAGAAGCAGUUCCAAGACACAUGUAAGAUCCAGACCAGGCAGUACAAGGCUCUGAGGAACCAUCUACUGGAGAGCACACCAAAGUCUGACCACAAGGCUGUCCUGAAGCGUCUAAAGGAGGAGCAGACCCGCAAGCUGGCAAUCCUGGCUGAGCAGUACGACCACUCUAUCAACGAGAUGCUCUCCACACAGGCUGUGAGUCACACAGGGACUUUGUAAACACUGCAGGGGAGGGAGGCAGGAGAGGGGAUGAGUUUCUAAAAAGCUGACUACUGAUGAUAGGCAUUUUGGCAAUGAGUCGGAUGAACUCGUGGGUAACAUUCUUAUCUCUCUGCGUGCAGAUUGAAGGAAGUUGCUAACUAGCACGCUAGCACAUACCCAUAGGCAUCCGGUCAUUGUGCUAACGCUAGCUAGCAUUGGCUUGCCGAACUACCACUAACCUUCUUCAUACUGGACACAGAGACAUAAAACUGGUAUCCACGAGUUCAUCUGACUCUGGUGAAGUAGAUAAAGGGCCUCAUUGCCAAAAUCACAAAGUAUCCCUGUAUCAUUGUGCUGACCCCCUGUCUGGCUCCCGUCUCGUCUCUAGCUGCGUCUGGAUGAGGCUCAGGAGGCUCAGUGCCAGGUGCUGAGGAUGCAGCUGCAGCAGGAGCUGGAGCUACUCAACGCCUACCAGAGCAAGAUCAAGAUGCAGACGGACGCCCAGCACGACCGCGAGAGGAAGGACCUGGAGCAGAGAGUGUCCCUCCGGAGGGCCCUGCUGGAGCAGAAGGUCUGAUCUUCCAUACUGGGAACAUUUUCAACAUGGGUUGCGUCUCAAAUUGCACCCUAUUCCUUGUAUAGUGCACUGUGGUCAAAAGUAGUGCACUUUUAAGUGAAUAGGGUGCCAUUUGGGAUGCAGUCAUGGUGUAUUAGUGGCAAAAUGUCUCAAUUUACAUUUAGGCUUUAUUUAAUUUCAAGCUCCAGAGUUUGCUGUUAUCAUUGCUAAACCAGUUCUAUUUUGACAUGAAAAUAUUAUAGUACUGAGCAGCUGUGUGUGUGUAUCUUCAGAUUGAGGAGGAGAUGCUGGCCCUUCAGAACGAGCGUUCGGAGAGGAUCCGUAGCCUGCUGGAGCGCCAGGCCAGGGAGAUCGAAGCGUUCGACUCAGAGAGCAUGCGUCUAGGCUUCAACAACAUGGUGCUGUCCAACCUCUCCCCAGAGGCCUUUAGCCACAGCUUCCCCGGGGCCCCAGGCAGCUGGGCCCACCCCCAGACACAGCACAACUCUGGGGGCUCUCAAGGACCACACUGGGGCAGUGGAGGGUCAGGGCACCAAGGCAGCCAUCACCAACACCAUUACCACUCUGGUCAGGGAGGGUCCCCCAUGCAGCAAGCCUGGGGCCAAGGCAUGCAGGGAGGCGGGGGUCCUCAGCCGUGGGGCCACCCCUCUGCAGGGCCCCUGGGGGCCAGAGGCAGUGGAGGAGUGCAGAACAGCCCCCAGGCACUGAGCAGGACAGCCUCAGGGGGGCGCAGUGAGCAGGCUAUGAGCAGGAGCACCAGCGUCAACUCUCAGAUAUCCAAUGGGUCGCACCUGUCCUACACA